AUGAAAUUCCUGUGCUUUUUCGUGCUUGUGGUGCUGUGUGCUGCUAUGUGUGAUGCCCAGCCAGUCGACGACCUAACAAUCGACUACCCAGAAGCUCCACAUAUAAGAAUCAAAAGACAAAAUAUUAUAAAAAGAGACGGCCGAUGCCGAUGCCCAAAAGAUUACACUUUCGUAUUUGUUCAAUGUAUUUCAUGUAAAAGCGCGAUGCCACCUCCGCACACGCUGAAAGUGGAAAACUGCUCGUCGCACUGCACGACGCCCUCCGAGCGCCAAGACAACGUGGUCUCCGUGAAGGUCGGCUUCAUACACAUCAAUCCAGCGUCUAAACGGGGUCGAAGAAUAUUCCUGCUGCAGAUGUUGAUAGUUUGCUUCGUGCCGCACGUGGCCUUGGUCAUCCAGAACUGUUCCAACAUGGCCCAGCUCUCACAGACUUUAGACUCCUCGCUGUAUCUCGAUACUGAGACAUUUCGUUUUGAUUUAGCGGUGCCGAAAAACAGUGACGCGCGAACCUCGUGCAGUGUUAGCCCCGACUGGCGCAUUGAGAAACGGGUCGAGAUUUUGUUACAGUGUGCGUGCGUGCGUCGACGCGUAGAUACUAUGGCGCACACAUACAACACGCACGCGGUAAAUACAAUUUUGAUGAUGGGAGAUCUCAUCGUCAGUCUGCAGGAUGAGAGACAGAUCAUCAGCGAGUAUCUGCUCAAAUCAUCAGCAAUUGAUGUAAAGGCUCUACAAGACGCGUUUACGACGUUUGCUGAUCAGUUCACUGGUGUUCCUGACAUUCAGGACCAUUUGAUGACAUUAUAGAAUUUGAAAGCGGAGGCUUUUAAAAGGACGAGAGUGUAUGAAGAUAUAAAUACAUUACUACUUCUGAAUGUUGCGAGGAAUGUCAAAAGUACGACGUCGUCUCUAUGGAGACAGUUGUCAGCUUGCGCCGAUCUUCUGAGAUCCAGAGAAGAGUUGUCCUUAGCUCUGACGUCACAUUCCUACUACAUACACAUAGAAGAACUGGAUUCAAUAGCCAUAAGUAACGUACAAACGCAUUUAGACUCUGGGAGAGACAGCUUAAGGUCUACAAUACAAUAUUUGGAGACAGAAAAAAAUGUAAAACAAGUCGACGAGUUGAACGAAGUUUUGAUAUUUUUUGAAGAGUUAAAGAAAACCAUAGUGAACCAGCCGAGGAUCGAACCAACAGCCGCUAAUAUCAGCAGAUAUUUGUAUACAGAUGUAGACUGGUAUGCUUAUCUGGACAAGAUGAGGGUUGUUCAACAGGACCUCUGGGUUGUAGUGGGGUCUUCAGGUCGGCAGGUGGUUUGGGUGGCGCGGCGUACGCUGGCGAUUGGCGUCGCUAUCCUCGCACUCGUCCUUCUAGCCUCGCCUGUGAUGUUGUUGCUACUGCGUCACAUUGCCUACACUAUACAGGCGAAUACUGAGUGCGCGCAGAUCGUGCGCGGCUCGCGCGCUCUAUACGAGCCUUGCAUGAGCUGCGCUAAAGAGGCGCACCAAACCAUUGCAGUGAUUGCACGCGCGCAGCUCGCGGGCAUGUCGCAGUCGGCUCGCGAGCUGCGCAUUCGCGGCACAUUCGCCAGAUGUGGACGCACCCUAACUUGGAAAAAGUCACAUUGGUACUUGCCAGGUGUCGAACUCACACCCUCAUGCAUGAGAAGCGGGCUCCGUAACCUCCGAGCCACCACGACAUAA